AUGUCGGGGUUUGAACUAGACCCGAUUGCGACUGAUGCAUAUACGUUUGCACAUGGGGAAACGUUGUUUACCCAUAUGAAGAUGAUCGACAAUCUAUUGCCAUACUUCAAUAUUUCCUUCGAAGACUUUGUUGUAGCCCCAAAGAAAGCGCUGGAACACACCAAGUGGGAAGACUACGAAAGACUCGUCAACCAGCGUGGAGUUGAGGCUUUGUCAGCAAGCGGCGCCUGUACGACCGUGUUUGACUUCGACUCGAUUUCGUUCCAGGAGGGCCUCGUUACUUGUCUGUGGGAAAUUGCCGAAAGCGCAGACCUGAUUACUCUGUUUAGAUUCACGAACGACUUCGGAAAACGCUGGACCAGGGGACUCAUCCGGUGGGUCAUUAAGGAAGAUGGUCGUAACCGCCCUGGUGCUAAGUAUCUCGUGCUCAGUAAAUACAAGGCAGACGAACAGCCCGACCGAGUUGUCUGGAGGGAGGGGAAACCUGGGUACCAGGAAAAGAAAGGAACAAUGAGCACUGACUCCGAAGCAUAG